UUUGUCUAAAUAAACUUUAGAAAAAAAAUUUAUUUAGUUUCAUUGUCCAUCUUUCAAUUUCAGUAAUUAUCAGUAGUAUUAACUGGAUUAUAAUUCAUUAAGCCUAUAAAUAUACAUUGAGUUAUUGUAUUGAGGUCCAUGUAUAUACCGAUUUUAUAGUUGUAAUUAUUUGUAUAUAUAUAUAAAAUAACUUUGGAAUUAUGAUUAUUCUUAUUAUCUUCUAAGCUACUUCCAUGAUAAUGAUAAAACUCAGUAUACUUUAAGGGUAAUUCAAUCUUCAAAAGUAACAACUAGUACAUUACUCAAUACAAUUGAAUAGAAAGAAUAAUGACAAUCACUUAUACUCCUAUAAUUAUUAAAACAUUGAAAUUUGUAACUAUGCUGUGAGUCGUAUAACUGUAAUUGAAGAACAUAUCCAUAUUGAACAUUGAGUAUAUACAUAAAUAUAUAUAUACUUCUAAGAAUCAUAAUGUAUGGAGCAACAACAAGCUCUAAGAAAGGAAAAAAUUUAACAUCGUAUGCUGUAAAAAGUUUAGAUUUUCAAACUAAACCAAUUUCGAUACAUAAAUUAGAAAUGAUGACAAAUUUCACGCGAAAAGAAUUACAAUUACUGUAUCAAGGAUUUAAACAUAUUUGUCCUUCAGGUGUUGCCAGUAAAGAAUCUUUCAUAGGAGUAUACCGAAGAUUUUUUCCUAAUCGUGCAUCUAGUGCUUAUGCUCAAUUAUGUUUUCGAGUUUUUGAUCAAUGUCGAACAGGACAAUUAACAUUUGAGCAAUUCGCCUGUGGUCUAUCACAAUUAACAAAAGGUUCAAAUUUAGACAAAAUUAAAUGGAUAUUUAGUUUAUAUGAUAUUGAUGGAGAUGGUUAUAUAAGUAGAUCAGAAUUGAAAGAAGUUAUACAAGCUAUCUAUGAUUUACUUGGUGAUAAACUUCUCACUGGAGAUAUUGUACAAGCUAUUGAAGAUAGAGUUAAUACAAUGUUUACUAAAUAUGAUCUUGAUCAUGAUGGAAAAAUAUCAAAAGAUGAAUUUUUCAGUGUUUCUACACAAGAUCCCGAUUUUAUAGCAAAUUUAAGUUUAUUCGAUACGGUCACUUAAUCAGUAUGGAUGAAUAAAAUGACUUAUUAUUAUAUACUGUAGAUAUAAAACUAUGAUGAAUUCAUAAAACAUUUAACCUUUAAUGUUAAAAGAAAAUAAUAAUAAAAUAUCCUUUCAGAUAUUCACUUUGAUCAGAUGAUAGAUUAAACUGUUGUUAUGUUACAUCACCCCUUAAUCCCCCCCACCGCAAAUAAUAUUUUAAAUCAAUUGAUGUAAUGCAGAACCUGUUUUUGCAUGAUUUUUGUCAAUGUUACAUGUCAUUGAAUGGAGAAAAUAAAUUAUUUUAUAG